AUGAUUUGUCUCUCCAAAGCAGAUGAGUCCUUCUACCAGCGCUUGACCUGGAACCAGGCUCCUUCCCCCUUGGCUGCCUCGCAAACUACGCGCCAGGAUCUCAAUGGCAUCUCUAACCUCCGCGAGCAUGUUGAUGCUGCCCAGGACGAUGGGAGCGGAGGGACGGCUGGGAGUCUACUCAAUGGGCACGAUGAUAGUAAUCAAGCAGGGAGUCAUCCUGCAGAGCCUUUCAAAGGCUCUCUCAAGGAUGCGGGACGACAGUCCCGUAUCUCGGGACUGUCCUCGUGUCUUAAGACGGUAAAUGGUGGUGUUGACCAUAUCCGUCUUCAUCGAGGCACUUUCUCGUCAUGUGCCUCGCACAUCUGGAGCUGGACUGUCUGGGUCCUCUCUGUUCUUGUCGUCUCGACACUCAUCUCUUACUGGAACUCCCCUGCGCCUGUUGUCAUGACCUCGCCCCCGAUGGUCCAGGAGUCGACUCCUGUCCAUCUCUCCCCUCUGCGCAAGCGAGCGAGCACAUGCGAAUCUGGAGGCGUCGACAAGGGUGAAUACAACACUCCUCUUCAUGUCGGUGCCGUCUUCAUUAUCCUGUUCGUCUCGACACUCGCUUGUGCGUUCCCCAUCAUGGCCGCCAAGCUCCCAGGGCUGAGGAUCCCCAAUCGCUUCUUUUUUGCUGUCCGUCAUUUCGGUACUGGCGUGCUGAUCGCCACUGCCUUUGUCCAUUUGCUCCCCACUGCUUUCAUUUCACUUGGCGAUCCUUGCUUGAGCAGCUUCUGGAAUCAGGACUACCCUGCUAUUCCUGGUGCUAUUGCUCUUGCUGCCAUCUUCCUUGUCACUGUGAUUGAGAUGGUGUUCCACCCCUCUCGACACGUUUCGCCUGCCGAGAUCACCACAUCCAAGGAAGGAUGUACUGGUUCAAACAGCGGCGGAUGCAUGGGGGGUACAGGUAUGCUCCCCAUUCGUGACAUGGGGCCUAUUCGUGGACGAUCAUCAAGCAUUGGCCAGAACCUUUCCACUCUCAACAGCAGAGACGUACGCAUGCAGGAUCUGGAAGAAGAAGCUUGUGAAGAUGACGACAAUGUCCGUUCCGGAAGAAAAAACCUCGAGGAGACGAGCCUCGAGGCUGUACAGAUGCCUGUCUUGUCCCCAGAGCAGCAGCAACGCAAGGAGCUUCUCCAAUGCGUCCUGCUCGAGCUUGGCAUUCUCUUCCACAGCAUCUUUAUCGGUAUGGCGCUAAGCGUUUCGAUCGGCAACGAGUUUAUCAUUCUCCUCAUUGCCAUUGUCUUUCACCAAACUUUUGAAGGAUUGGCGUUGGGCUCUCGAAUUGCUUCCAUCAAGUGGCCCAACGGCAAGCUACAGCCUUGGUUUAUGGCCCUUGCAUACGGAUGCACCACUCCUCUGGGACAAGCUCUCGGCCUUGCUACCCACACGCUCUAUAGCCCCAACUCUGAGACAGGGCUUAUCGUUGUGGGCGUCAUGAAUGCCAUCUCGGCUGGAUUGCUUACCUUUGCCUCCUUGGUUGAGCUUCUCUCUCAAGACUUCCUUAGCGAUGAGAGCUGGCAGUUCCUCCGCGGCCGCAAGCGUGUUUAUGCUUGCCUUCUUGUGUUCUUCGGGGCUUUUUUCAUGAGUCUUGUUGGCGCUUGGGCUUGA